AUGUCAUCCAAAUUUGAGACCGUUCCUUUCAAAAAACUAUCAAAAUAUGAUAGCUCCAAGAAUUGGAUCCAUCUUCCCUAUCGAUCUAAUCUUUCUAUCACGUUCAAUAUGCCGAUAGCUAAUGAUUGUAAUCCGGGAUGUCUACUAAUUAAAAUCACCUGGAAAGCAGAGGAUUUAGAAAGAUUAACAUUUGAGCAUAAUGAAGCAUGCAAGGUAUAUAAAAAGUAUCCUUUGAUUGCCAUAAAGUAUACUCCUAUAAGUGGCAUCCGUAAGAAAUUCCAAAUGGGAUUUAGUUCAAGGAAGGAUUUCGAAAGAAGCCUUCAGUGUUUUAAUUCAUGGGGAAUUAUAGUGAAAGACUUGGAGAAUCGUGAUAUAAACUUAUUGGAAAUGUCGCAAUUCUCAACUGAUCCUGAUUUGGGUUUUUCUCAGCAAUUUGAUAUGAGCUUUCUUCAGGAAGUUUCAGGUUCUCAACAGAUUAUGGAUACAUCAAAUUCCUUCUGCGACGAUAAUACUCAGAGAACCUCUAAUUUUCAUGAGAAUAUCAACCUGACACCCUCUACACUGUUUCUGGAUUACGAAGCUCAAAGAAACUCCAGCGGAGAAGUUGCUGACAGCGUUAUUAAACAGAUAAACAUCCGAUUGGAGGAUUCCAACUUCAUUAAAAUGGUAAGAAAUGCUGCAGAAAGAAUUAAAAAAAAACUUGAAAAGAAGUACUAA